CCCCGAUGAAAAGAGAUCCCAGUUGUCCCGGGGGCGAGCUCCUGGCUGCUUUUGUGGUUUAACGCGCACCGCCCCCCUCCCCGCCCCCCCUUCUCGCUCUUGAACGCCAAAAAACUUCGGGGCCGCGAUCAUGGGGCGAGCCGAGGAGCUGGUGAGGAUUGCAAAGAAGCUGGAUAAGAUGGUGACCAGGAAGAACACGGACGGAGCUCUGGAUCUGCUGAAAGAACUGAACGGCUACACGAUGACCAUCGAGCUGCUGCAGUCCACGAGAAUUGGCGUGGCCGUCAACGCUGUCCGGAAGCAGUGCUCGGACGAAGAGGUGGUGGCCCUGGCGAAAAUCCUCAUCAAGAACUGGAAACGGCUGCUAGAGUCCUCGGGGACCCCGAAGAGAGAGAAGGCCCUGGAAGGGCAAAAGGAUAAAAAAGAAAAAAGUCUCGACUUUCCCAGCUGGCAGCCUGAAGGGGCGAAUUCCCAUCCAGUGAAACGCUGCAAAAGCCCAGCUGAGAAGCACAAGGCAAAGGACAAAGGAAGGGACUUUCCCAACCAUAAGGCAGUGGGCCCUCUUCCUGGCUCGAAGAAACAUUCAUCGGAUCAGAAACAGGACAGGAAAUCCAGCAAGUCCGGCUCUCACACGGCAGCCCCAAAGAGUCAUUCUGCAGACUCCAAGCUAGACAGGGAGACCAGCGACUGCAGGGCUCUUCCCGCCACCUCUAAAAAGUUGCACUCGGACGGCAAGAAAGAGAGGAGAGACUCUGCAGACUCCAGAUCUUCCACCAUCACCACUGCCUCCUCCUCUUCCUCCCCUCAGAAGAGACCAUCGGUGGAAAGGAGGCCCUCUACAGGCUCCAACCCAGCAGCCUCCCCCCCCGGCUCUCGGAAGAACUCCAGUGAUGGCAAAGAGGAAAGACCCAACAGCGCCAGAUCCAAAGCCGAGACCCCCAAGACUCCCAGCAGCCCCUCGAGUCCCACAUUCGCGCCGACCAUCUGCUUCCUGGCGUCCUGCUACCUCACGGGCGACUCGGUGCGGGACAAGUGCGUCGAGAUGAUCUCGGCCGCCCUGAAAAUGGAUGAUGACUACAAACAGUUUGGAGUCAACUGUGACAAGCUGGCCUCUGAAAUCGAAGAUCAUAUCUUCCAAGAGCUGAAGAGCACGGACAUGAAAUACCGCAACCGCGUGAGGAGCAGGAUCAGUAACCUGAAGGACCCCAAGAACCCCAACCUGCGGAGGAACGUGCUGAAUGGAGCCAUCUCCCCCAGCCUCAUUGCGAGGAUGACGGCAGAGGAGAUGGCGAGCGACGAACUGAAGGAGCUGAGGAACGCCAUGACCCUAGAAGCCAUCCGGGAGCAUCAGAUGGCGAAGACCGGGGGCACCACCACGGACCUCUUCCAGUGCGGCAAGUGCAAGAAGAAGAAUUGCACUUACAACCAGGUCCAGACGCGUAGUGCCGAUGAACCCAUGACAACGUUCGUGCUGUGUAACGAGUGCGGGAACCGCUGGAAGUUCUGCUGAGGCCGCUCCCGUUUGCACCCGGGCCACCCGCGGAGACGAUGCAGCCUGACGGCAAAGGAGAAUCUCUGACCAUCCAAAUUUGAAACUGGGGGUGGGAGGGGGGAGGGGAAGGGAAGAGAACUAACCCGUUGAGGGAGGAGCUGAAAGUCCCUCCCUAUUGGCUCCCAUGAAUGUAAUGAGGAUUCGCUCACUGGCUAGAGGGAGGGAUUGUUUGGAGUUAGGGGUACCCGACCCUCAAGCCCAGAAGGGGCAGUGCCAGGGUGACGCCUCUUUUUCUGAUGUAUCUAUUUUUACUGGAGUGAUCAGUGGAACCCUAGACUGGAAGGACCUGCUAGGUCGUUCUAGUCCAUCUCCCUGGAGGAAGCAAUGGGUGCUUGGAGCAUGACAGAGCCCAGGGGAAAUCUGCCCUGCCAGAGGAUUUGGGGGGUUGUUCUUUGAGCUCGCAAGAUGUAACCUAGCAGCAGCCGAGGUGCCCGGCCCAAUCGCACGUGCUCGUCCCUUUCAUUGGCUGGGUUAAGCUGACCCCGGGUUGUUUUUAUGAGCGUCAGUCCAUGUGGCAAUGGUGAAUCCCCCUGUUAUGUGCGGGGGCGUGGCUAAGACAAUGAGGCUUUUGGAGCCAGAGGCUUCCUACCGUCCCCUGCCCAGGGUAAUCCACAGGCUGGUGGGUCUCAAAUCGUCAUUUUUGGAGGGAAGACUCCCAACUACCCCCCUCUGCCCACUCCAAUCUGGAAGGCAGGCUCAGCACUGCUCUCCAGGGCUGCGUCAGUCAGUCCUCGCACAAGCCACCGGGGAGGCCCGAAAGCCCAUUGCACUCUGCCCGUGACAGCACCCUGGAGAUGCUCCGCUCCGUGGAUGUGGCAGGUGCCGUCCUGCUGGCUGACACCCGGAUCCCCGGGCUACGACAAAGUGCUGCCAGGGGCGUGCUUGGCUUCUGGCAUAUGCUUCUCCUGGACGGAUUUGUAAUGCGGCACUUCCGGGGCCCGGCCGCUGGGAGGGCUGCUCUCCUAACGGCUGGAGCUUCAGCUCCGGGAUGGGGGAAGUGCCAUGAGAAGAGACCAGCUCUCCCCUUAUUUCAGCCCCAUUAUAAAAGGCUCCUGGGGGCAACGAGUGACACACACGCAGGCAAAUGCCACGUUGUUUGGGCUCCCCCAGACCCUUAGGCACAGCCUUACAGGCUGCUCUCUGGCUCCCCUGGGCAGCUCUCCAUAUAGGAUCUACUGGGUAUGUGCCCCCUGUAUAAUUCGCACUCAGUUCCCCUUGUCUUCACCAGGCUCCCGGGCUGCUUUGCGGUGUGUGGCUGAGGGUGAUUACAAUGGGGUUGAAGGUGGCUGGGAAUCAGGGUGCGUUAGUGUGGUUAAGGAAGCAGUAGAACAGCAGGAACCUUCUCCCAAAAUCAGGGCAGAUGCGUCUCUUUCUAUGUGGGUAUUUUCCCUGAGUGUGGUCACAACACACUCUGAUGCCCAAAACUCCCCUUGCAAAAACAGCUGACGGAGGGAGAUGGGCUGCCUUUAACCCCUCCUCCGCUGGCAUUUCGGUGCUGGAGUCCUGGAGUAUUAAUCGGGGCCGCCCAGAGGAUUCAGGGGCCUGGGGUCUUCAGCGCCGAAUUGUCGCCAAAGACCUGGCACUUCGGCGGCGGGUCCCGGAGUGGAAGGACCCCCCGCCAACGAAUUGCCGCCAAAGACCCGGAGCAGAAGAAGCUCUGGGGCUCCGGGCCCCGCGAGAGUUUUCCAGGACCCCCGGAGCGAGUGAAGGACUCUGCUCCAGAGUCCCCAAAAAUCUCUCGUGGGGGCCCCUGCGGGGCCCAGGGCCUGGGGCAAAUUGCCCCACUUGCCCCCCCACCUCCCCGGGUGGCCCUGGUAUUAAUCCUCCAUCCAGCCAGUGAGGGAUUUCCUGCCCUUCAGUGGGAAGUCCAUUGAACGACAGCGAGCUCCUGUUUCAAAACCAGUGACCCUCCUUUCCUGCCCGAGAAGAUGGGAGCUGAAGAUGCACAGGGCUUUAGCUGCACCAGUUUGUGGGUCUCUCUCUCUCACUGGUGACUUGUUUUCUGCAAACUGGAUAUUCCACAGAGACUUGACCCCAACCUGCUACACUUGAUCCAGGAACCUGAUUUUAACCCAUCUCACGACCCCCUCCCCCCCAAAGUUCAGUUCCUCUUUGUUGUAAAUAAUUGUGCCCUUUCUUGGCAGCUGCCUCUGUGUAUCCUGAUUCCAGGUGGGAUUGGCCAUGGCCAAUUCCAUGCGAGGGAGGCUGUGCUUAACGGUACGCCCCACCCGACUGGAGCAGGGAUUAUUCAGCGCCACCUCCUAGCUUCAGCACCAAACUUUUGGGGGAUUAACCACUCUGAACUGGGGAGACUUUUGAGCGUCACAGGCUGGAGGAGCAGUCAGAAUGGGGUAGAGGAGCGGUAGGAUGGAGAAGAGACAGGGUUGGGUGCCUGCCUGCUCUCAUCCUUUUAUCUCCAUCAGUCGACCCCGUGGCGCUAGUCCCCUGCCAUAUGCAGUGUGUGGAUCAGCCAGCUUUGUUUUCUCUCUAAGAUAGAACGUAUCCCUGCUCCCCCCCCCCCAAAAAAAAGGGGGUGAAAGGGAGAGAAAAUCUGCAGCUAGAGCAAUAAAGGUGUAAAAAGUGUUGGCUGG